AUGGGCAUGUUUCUACUACCUGAUUCCAUAACUAAUAAGCUUAACCAACUUCUAAGAAAGUUUUGGUGGGGCUUUAAUGAGGAUUCUUCCAAGAUCCAGUGGGUCCCCUGGGAUCAACUCAGUUCAGCAAAAGAGAAGGGAGGCCUCGGUUUCAGGGACCUCAAAGCUUUCAACCUGGCAAUGCUUGCCAAGCAAAGCUGGAGGGUUAUACAAGACCCUACCUCACUUGUGUCUAGAGUAUUAAAACAGAAGUACUUCUCAGCAGGGGAAUUUUUGGAUGCUAAAACAGGGGUUGGUCCCUCUUUUGUAUGGAGAAGCAUCAUGGCUGGAUUGCAAACACUCAAAUCAGGCCUCAUGUAG